AUGCCACUGCAAUUCAUCUGGCUGAUAGAGUCAUGCUGGCUUUUUGGGACAACCAUUUGUGCUUUUGUCAAUUUCAUGUCAUUCUAUUUGGUAUGUGCGUCUGUUCAUAAUGUGGCUCUCAUUGCAGUGGACCGAUACCUGGCUCUGAGCAAUCCCUUUUUCUAUUCAACGAAAAUCACUGUGAACCUCAUUAUCUUUGUAGUAUCUCUGAACUGGAUGUUUUCUCUGGGGUACAACGUUGCUCUUCUGUACUGCAAUGGUUUCUUCACUCAUGCUCUAACACUGUGCCCAAGCGAGUGCCUCAUUAUUGUGAAUGAGAUAUGGUCCUUUGUGGAUCUUGUGGUUGUGUUUGUAUUGCCAUGCUCCAUUAUGUUAGUACUGUACCUCAAAGUCUUUGCCAUUGCCAAGAGACAUGCCAAUGCCAUCACCAGGGUGGCUAAUAGCAAUCCAGAUGCCAAGAGUGAUGUGCCCAAACGAUCUGAGAGAAAAGCUGCAAAAGUGCUUGGUAUACUGGUGUCUGUCUUUUUGUUAUGCUUGGUGCCCUAUUAUAUAUGCAGCUUUAUGGUUGAGAGUAUCCAAAGACAGAUUUUUAAUGAUCUGUUAAAAUAUAUGAUAACACUAUUUUACUUUAAUUCUUUAUUCAAUCCAAUUAUUUAUGCUUUGUUCUACCCGUGGUUUCAAAAGAGCAUGAUAAUAAUUGUAAGGUGUCGUAUGUAG